UUGAUUUAAAGGCCACUCGCGUCGGCUGGCGCGGCCUCAUUUUCGCACGUUGACGCACCCGCGGCAGACGUCGUCGGCAUGUCUGCGGUCACCUGCAGCGUCCAGUUCCUGCUGGACCAGGAUCCUUUCAUCUGUACCAACUUUCCGGAACCUCGGCGGCCUCCCUGCCUCGACGUGGACCAGAACGCGCCGCUCGCUCAACUGCUUCCGGUCGUGCACAAGCUGCUGGACGCGCCCCUCAAGUUGGAGGAGUGCACGUUGCAGGUGUCUCCUCAGGGGAACUACUUGGACUUGGACUCGUCACUGGCGGAGCAGCACGACGAGCUGGAAAACUUCUACCAGGACGUCGCGAAGGGGAAGAAACCCAUCUUGAUCCUGAGGACACAUUUGUCUGUGCGAGUCCACACCAUCCUGGAGAAGUUGUACAACAGUCACGGUCCGGAGCUGCGCCGCUCGCUCUUCUCGCUCAAGCAGCUCUUCCAGGACGACAAGGACCUGGUUCCAGAGUUCGUGGCGUCCGAGGGUUUGACGUGUUUGGUCAAAGUCGGCGCUGAGGCCGACCACAACUACCAGAACUACAUCCUCAGAGCUCUGAGUCAGAUCAUGUUGUUCGUGGACGGCAUGGACGGAGUCAUCAACCACAGCGAGACGCUGGAGUGGCUCUACACCUUAACAGGAAGUCAGUCUCGCCUUCUGGUCAAAACGUCGUUGAAGCUCCUCAUCGUCUUUGUGGAAUAUAAAGAAUCCAACAGCCCGAUCCUCAUCGACGCCGUCAACGCUGUGGACGCACGAAGAGGCGAGAAGCCGUGGUCGUACGCGAUGGACAUCCUUCACGAGAAAACCGGCUGUGACUGUGAGCUCCUGGUGUUCGCCAUGACGUUGGUCAACAAAACGCUGGCGGCGCUUCCCGACCAGGAUUCUUUUUACGAUGUGACCGACUGUCUGGAGAGUCUCAAAAUGGAAGACGUGGUCCACAGGAACCUCACCAACGCGGCCACCGAACCAGACCUCCGGGCGCAGUUCGCCAUAUACGAGACAGCUUUGCGUUACGAGGACGGCGACAUCCUGGACUCUUCCCCUCACGUGCGUAAAGAGCGCCGUAAGAUGGCCGCCGGCGAGCAGGAAGGCCGCAGGAGUCACCGCUCAUCCAAUCAGAACAUCCCUGACCUGUCGGCGUCCUCGGGCGGCUCCUCCCCCUGCGUGUCGCCCGCCUCCGCCGGUAGCCCCGCCCUCUCCGCCUCAGACCCGAGCAGUGCCGCCUCCAGCCCCUCGGGAUCGCUCGGGGGCUCUCCGACUCCGCCGCCUCAAUCUCUUUCGCCUCCUCCUCCUCCUCCUUCGUUGACCCCGCCACCCCUCCGCCUCCAGGACGAUGACGACGCCAAGACUCCGCCGGCCAGCCCGAGUCGCUCUUUCCUCAGCCACCACAUGUCCUCUUUGGGUCUGAGCAGAAAGUCCAGGACCUUAUCCAAGGCCGGCGGCACCCGAGGCCAGGACUCGCCUACUUCCUCUCGGGACACGCCCACUUCCUGCAGGUCGCCGUCAGAUCACACGAGUGUCAACAGGAUGUCUUUCAACGAUGAGCUCGUCUUCCACUACCCAGACGAGUGUAACAUGAACAUGGACGACAAACCCGUUCUGAGGAGGUUUGAAGACAACUUCCUGCGCAGUUUGGCCACCACCCAAUGGGAGAAGAGGAGGCGGAGUUUCAAAUCGAGUCACUCCAAGCUGUCGUCGUCUGAUGAUGUCAUCACCCAGAGACCAACGCCAAAGGAGGAUGACGACAAUGGAGGACUUCCUGCCAAUGGUGACGGCGAGGCGGCAGGUUCGCGGGGGGGGCGGGUGCUGGAGCGCCUGUCCAGCCUCCGAGCGCGCUCGGUGGAACCUGCCGUCCCCAGCGAGAGCAGCGCCUCCCGCAGGGCGGAACUGGAAGGGCUGGAAGGCUCCGCCCAGGUGGCGCUGGCGAGGCUGGUGGAAGAGCAACAGAAGAGUUGCGUGCGUCAGCAGAGCAGCGUGGAUGUGGAGAGUACCGCCCACCGCCCAGAGAACACGCCGAUGACCCCUCUGGGUCCCGGUGGUCUGGGGGAUGCGUGGGACCACCUUCAGCUGAGCGGUGCCAGCCUUCGCAUCAAAGACUUGGACUUCUCAGAUCUCCUGGACGAGGAGGACAUUGACGUUCUGGACAUGGACACCUCAGACUCCGCCUCUUUCGGCCUUCACGCGCCGCCUCCCUUAGGGGGGCCUCCUCCUCCUCCUCCGCCGCCGCCCCUUACAGGUCCCGUACCUCUGCCACCGCCGCCUCCUCCGCCGCCCCUCCCUGGCGGUCUGGCUCCUCCUCCGCCGCCGCCCCUCCCUGGCGGUCUGGCUCCUCCUCCACCGCCGCCCCUCCCUGGCGGUCUGGCUCCUCCUCCACCGCCGCCCCUCCCUGGCAGUCUGGCUCCUCCUCCGCCGCCGCCCCUCCCUGGCGGGCCGGUCCCCCCCCUUCCUCCCUCAUCUGGGGUGGAGUCACCAUUAGGGAAGAAGAAGAAGAAGACCGUGAAGUUGUUCUGGCGCGAACUGAAGCAGACUGAGCUGCCCACAGAGUGUCGCUUUGGCCGGGGCACCGUGUGGUCGUCUCUAGACAAGGUGCAAGUGGACACGGGGCGGCUCGAGCACCUGUUUGAGUCCAAAGCAAAAGAGAUGCACAUCGCCAAGAAAGCAGCGGAGACCAAGAAGUCCGAGAUCCUGGUCCUGGACUCCAAGAGGAGCAACGCCAUCAACAUCGGGAUGACGGUCCUGCCCGCCGUUCACGUCAUCAAGACCGCCAUCCUCAAUUUUGACGAGUUCGCCAUCAGCAAGGAGGGCAUCGAAAAGAUCCUGACCAUGACGCCCAGCGAGGAGGAGAAGCAGAAGAUCCAGGAGGCCCAGUUGGCCAAUCCGGACGUUCCGUUGGGGACGGCCGAGCAGUUCCUCUUCAGCCUGGCCUCCGUCAGCGCCUUGACCCCCCGCCUGCAGCUCUGGUCCUUCAAGGUCAACUACGAGGCGCUGGAGAAGGAGAUCGCGGAGCCGCUGUUUGACCUGAAGCUGGCCAUGGAGCAGCUGGCGACCAAUCAGACCUUCAGGAGGAUCCUGGCCACGCUGCUCGCCAUUGGGAACUUCCUCAACAGCUCCGAUGCUGUGGGUUUUGAGCUGGCCUACCUGGAGAAGGUGGUGGAGGUGAAGGACACGGUUCACAGGCAGUCUUUGCUUCAUCACACCUGCAACCUCAUCACGGAAAAUGACCCGCAAUCCUCGGACGUCUACUCGGAGAUCCCCGCCGUCACGCGUUCGGCCAAGGUGGACUUUGAGCUUCUGGGCGAGAAUCUGGUUCAGCUGGAGAGACGCUGCAAAGCGUCGUGGGAAAACCUGAAGGUGGUGUCCAAGCACGAGACCAAAACCACUCUGAAGAACAAGCUGGCCGACUUCCUGAAGGACUGCACGCAGAGGAUUGUCAUCCUCAAGGUCGUCCACAGGAGAGUCAUCAACAGGUUCCACUCCUUCCUGCUUUUCCUGGGUCAGCCGGCGUCGUCUGUGCGUGACACCAAGGUGACCUGGUUCUGCCGCAUCAUCAGUGAGUUUUCGCUCGAGUACCGCACCAUGCGAGAGAGGGUGCUCACGCUAAAACGCAAGCGGGACCAGCACAGAGAGAGGACAAAAACGCGAGGGAAGAUGAUCACCGAGACAGAGAAAUUCUCGGGGGCAGUGUCGCGCUGCGACAGCCCGGCCCCGGUCUCCGUGGCUCUGGACGCGGAGCCCGAGCAGGAGGCGGAGCACCAGCAAAUGACCCAGAUGCUGACCGAAGAUCAGCGAGCGCCGAGACGCUCGCGCACCACCCGCAGUUCUGCGGGCCCGGUUCUGGGACAUCCGGGUCCGUCGUCUUCGUCGCCUCAGGAUGAAGACGCCACGGACGACAUCAUGGAGCGUCUGGUCAAGUCGGUCACCAGGAACCCCUCGGGCAGGACGUCCAGUCCCAAAACCCGAAAGCGGUCCCGAGUCAACAGGAAGUCCAUGAGGAGGACUCUGAAGAGCGGCAUCAGCGUGGACACGGUCCAGGUUUUGGGACUGGACAAGAGCGGCGAGGACGUCUGAUGUAAGACGACAGCAGCAAGAAAAUGUUCAAGUCUGCACCUUUUUAAACACAAAAACAUUUUCACUUUUCACUCAAACAUCAAAGCGAAACUUGAAAGUUAUUAUUAUUAUUAUUAUUUUUAUUUUUUUUUGGGGUGAACUUGAAUGCUUUUUAUAAAUUUGCAACGAAAAACUCCACCUUUUUGUCACUUGCUGGUCCUGAGCACGUCUUCAAACUUUUGCCUUCGCCCCCCCCCCACUUAGCCGAUUGUUACACGCCGCACACUUUUGGACUUGUUUUUGUUUUUCACCAUUUGAGGAGUGAGCAAAUAACGGAGGGGUGGUUUUUAAUAUGGUUAACUUAAAUGAAAGUUUGUUGUGUAUUGUUUACUGGGUGAACAAACAGUUUAAUAAAUGCAUUUUGAAUACAAUAA